AUGAUGGAGGAGGAAGCCAAGAAAAAGUUGAAAGCUGCAGAACUUCAAUGCAAAAAAGAUCGGGUGAAAAUGUGGCAACCGAACAAUCUCGCAAGCAAGCGGAGAAAGACCAGCAUGAGAGAUCUGACCCUUCGUCGUCCUCAUAUAACCUCCUUUCGAGCCGUGCCAGUUAUCAAAACAUCCACUACUGCCGACAAUCCGGGUCGGAGAUUCUAUGGUUGUCAUAACCAUGCGGAUGGUUUGUACCAUAUAUUCAAGUGGUGGGAUGACGCUAUAAUGGAAGAGUUUGAAGAGAUAAAGGUGGUGGUGGAACAACAAGCUGAUUUAAUUCGUUACUUCAAAAGUAACCAGAGCCAGGCCAUACGGGAUUGUGUUGAUAAACCAACGAUUCGGCAUUGCAUUCAGAAAACAGAUAUAGAGCUAGCCCAACUGAAGGAGAUGAUUAUUGAGACUCGUUACAGAAGCGUCGAGAUGAAGAAUGUGAUGGUAGUGUGUCUAAUCCUCAUAUGUGUGAUCAGUUGUGUUUGUGUUUGCUUGGGAGGAUUUUAG